CUUCUUUUCACGCAGGCUUAUUGGGAAGAAAGCGGCUAAAAUUGACGGUAGACACGUGAACUAGAGCGGACCACCCCUCCUUCCCUCAGCUGUACUGCUUUGGAUUCUCAAAUUUACAAUCACGAAAGUUCUAUUGUCUCAGGAUUGGCCCUUUGUGACACAUGACAUCAUAGAACUUGAUUCAUAAUUCGGCUUCCUAUUCGCCCAUCGCACCAUUGUGACGUCACAAUCAGCCCACGUUUUAUUGUAGGUACCCAACUCCCCCCUCUCCUCAUCUUCGUGGUUCAUCUCUGCCUCGGCCCUCCCUCCCACAUCCUCUUCGGUUCUAGCGUGACAGUCUGGAAGAGCCGGCUGUCCCUCCAGCUUUUACUGCUGCCGUAGCUGUUGCUGCUUUCGCAAAGCUGCUGCCACUGGGUCUAAGGAGCCACACCAGACACGUGAUGGGUGACCCCACUAUGUGAAGAACAUUUGUGUGAUCCAAGAAGUUUUAAGACUGAGUCCCUAAGCGAUGCAGACCAUUAGUGUAACAAGGAGCCUCUGAGGUUUUGGGGAAGCUUUCUUGAUGAAAGUGGGGAAAGGCAAGAGAGAGAAGAUUAAAAUAUGGAAGCCUUUGAUGCAUCACUUAAUAGUUAUAUGCGGACAUGGCUUGGACCAAGAGAUUCCCGUGUAAAAGGGUGGUUUCUUCUGGAUAACUAUAUACCUACUUUUGUCUUCUCUGUCUUAUACUUAUUAAUCGUAUGGCUAGGACCAAAAUACAUGCAGAAUAAACAGCCAGUCUCCUGCAGGGGCAUUCUAGUGGUUUAUAACCUUGGACUUACGCUGCUGUCUCUAUAUAUGUUUUAUGAGUUAGUAACGGGAGUAUGGGAAGGAGAAUACAAUUUCUUCUGUCAAGACACUCGUAGUGGAGGAGAAGCAGAUUUGAAGAUCAUCCGGGUCCUCUGGUGGUACUACUUCUCCAAACUCAUUGAGUUUAUGGACACCUUCUUCUUUAUUUUGCGAAAGAACAACCAUCAGAUCACCGUCCUGCAUGUGUACCACCACGCCUCCAUGCUGAAUAUUUGGUGGUUUGUCAUGAACUGGGUGCCCUGUGGUCACUCUUACUUUGGUGCCACCCUUAACAGCUUUAUUCAUGUCCUCAUGUAUUCUUACUACGGUCUGUCUGCCAUUCCAUCCAUGCGCCCGUAUUUGUGGUGGAAGAAGUACAUUACUCAGGGACAGCUGCUCCAGUUUGUGUUGACAAUCAUUCAGACUAGCUGUGGUGUUGUGUGGCCUUGUGCAUUCCCUCUGGGAUGGUUGUACUUCCAAAUUGGCUACAUGAUUUCAUUGAUUACCCUCUUCACAAAUUUCUACAUUCAGACUUACAACAAGAAGGCAUCAGCCCGGAGGAAAGACCACCAGAAUGGGUCCAUGGCAGCAAUGAAUGGGCACACAAACAGCUUUUCUUCUCUGGAAAACAAUGUGAAACCAAGAAAACAAAGGAAGGAUUGAAGACCAAACAUUUAGAAACCCCAGACAACAGAAUCAUCUGAUUGUAAGC